AAUCGAUCGCCAUCUUUCUUCUACUUCCUGCUUCUCUGUCCGUGUCUCAUAUCAAUGUAUUUUCCUUCUUCUGCCAAACCCUUCCCUCUUCUCCUCUCCUCUCUCUGUGUUUCUGUCUGUUCGUGUUCCUGUCUUUCCUCCUGUGUCUCUGUCUGUCCGUCUCUCUCUGUCCUUCGCUCGCUCUCGCUCUCUUUCUCUGUCGCCGUCCCUGCCUUGCUGUGAUACCUACAGGAGCAGCACUCGGGGGAGCAGCAAGGGGAAAGACAUCAGCACCAUCAAGUCUCUCAGGGUGCUCCGCGUACUGCGCCCUCUCAAGACCAUCAAACGACUGCCCAAGCUCAAGGCAGUGUUUGACUGCGUGGUCAACUCUCUGAAGAACGUGCUGAACAUCCUGAUCGUGUACAUGCUGUUCAUGUUCAUCUUCGCCGUGGUGGCUGUGCAGCUGUUCAAAGGUCGCUUUUUCUACUGCACCGACGAGUCCAAGGAGUUUGAGCGUGACUGCAGGGGGGAGUACUUGGUGUACGAGCGAGAUGAGGUGAAAGCUCAGAAGCGGGAGUGGAAGAAGUACGAUUUCCACUAUGACAACGUGGCUUGGGCCCUGCUCACCCUCUUCACCGUGUCUACUGGAGAGGGGUGGCCGCAGGUGUUGAAGCACUCGGUGGACGCCACCUAUGAGAACCAGGGUCCGAGCCCGGGGUACAGGAUGGAGAUGUCCAUCUUCUACGUGGUGUAUUUCGUUGUCUUCCCCUUCUUCUUCGUCAACAUCUUCGUGGCCCUCAUCAUCAUCACCUUCCAGGAGCAGGGGGACAAGAUGAUGGAGGACUACAGCCUGGAGAAGAACGAGAGAGCCUGUAUAGACUUUGCCAUCAAUGCCAAGCCCCUGACCAGACACAUGCCUCACAACAAGCAGAGCUUCCAGUAUCGCAUGUGGCAGUUUGUGGUGUCGCCUCCCUUUGAGUACAGCAUCAUGGCUCUGAUCGCGCUCAACACCAUUGUCCUCAUGAUGAAGUACAAUGGAGCUUCGGAGGUGUAUGAUAAAGUGUUGAAGAACCUCAACAUCGUGUUCACUACUCUCUUCUUCAUGGAGUGCAUCCUCAAAAUCAUUGCCUUUGGUGUGCUGAACUAUUUCCGAGACGCGUGGAAUAUUUUUGACUUUGUCUCGGUCCUCGGAAGCUUUUCUGAUAUUUUAGUCACAGAAUUUGGGAAUAACUUCAUCAACCUGAGUUUCUUACGGCUGUUCCGGGCUGCUCGCCUCAUCAAGCUCCUGAGACAGGGAGAGACCAUCCGCAUCCUGCUGUGGACCUUCGUGCAGUCCUUCAAGGCGCUGCCCUACGUCUGUCUGCUGAUCGGAAUGCUGUUCUUCAUCUACGCCAUCAUAGGCAUGCAGCUGUUUGGUAACCUGGCGCUGGACGAGGAGGAGGCCAUCAACGAGCACAACAACUUCAGAACCUUCAUCAUGUCCCUCAUGCUGCUCUUCAGGAGUGCCACGGCGAGGCGUGCAUGACAUCAUGCUGGCGUGUCUGGGGGGGAAGGAGUGUGACGUGCGGUCGGGGAACACAGAGAAGGAGUGCGGCUCCACCUUCGCCUACACCUACUUCGUCUCCUUCAUCUUCUUCUGCUCCUUCCUGAUGCUGAAUCUGUUUGUGGCGGUCAUCAUGGACAACUUUGAGUACCUGACCAGAGACUCGUCCAUCCUGGGUCCUCAUCACCUGGACGAGUACGUCAGGAUCUGGGCCGAGUACGACCCUGCUGCCUGG